GUCUCGCCGGCCAUCUUGAAUUUAUCACAAGGUCGAAUUUUUGUCUGUGUGUUAUCUUUUUGUCGCAAAUUUGCUUUAUAUAAAAUUUCGAUAUUUUCCUCGCCUCCCUGUCGUUCUCGUUUUAAAAGUGUAAUUAUUAUCAUGUGCUUAGUCCCCUCAAAGUGGUUCCUGUUUCUGUAAGAGAGUACCAUCAAAUCUUAUUCAAAAUGGACAUAGUUGAUCAACCGAACUCGAUAUGCCACAUUCAAUCGAUCCACAUGUACACUCUGCAACCAGUGGAUCCAGAGAAACCACCGCCUUUCGGUCUUUUAGCAGGCGAAACAGUUCUUCACUCAGGAAUUUCAGUCGACGGCCAAAUUGUAGUAACAAACUACAGAAUCUACUUGCAAAACGGCGAGAAUCAAUACCAUAUUCCUCUGGGCCUUAUUGAGACUAUCGAAAUAAGGGAAUUGUUUUAUUUGCAGCUGUUUUGUAAGGAUGCUAGAACUUACAGGUGUACUUUUGAAAAUAAUGAAAGUGCACUCGAGUGGUAUGAUAGAGUAUUCAAAGCUUCUGAACCACCUCGCCAAUUAGAGCAGCUAUUCGCUUUUUAUCAUUGUGUUUGGGCUAAAGAAAAAGGUGGCGAGGAAACAAGUAUUAAAGUUGACCGUCAAAAACGCUAUACUUUUGAUAAGGAUAUGUUUGAAAAUGAGAUGACAAGAAUGCAGUUCCAAGGUGACUCUUGGAGAAUUUCCAAAGCAAACGAAAACUACAAAAUAUGUCCAACAUAUCCUCCUUUCCUACUGGUACCCUCUUGUAUUAACGAUGAAAUGCUUGAGAGUGUAGCGAAAUUCAGAAGCUCUAGGAGAAUUCCUGCUGCUGUUUGGAGGCACCCAAGAAAUGGCGCUAUCAUUGCUCGUUGCAGUCAGCCUGAAGUCGGCUGGUUCGGUUGGAGAUCCAGUGAAGAUGAGGAUUUACUAAAAGCCAUCUCUGAUGCUUGCAAUUUCGAUAGGAAUUUACAUGCAAACAGUACUAGUGACAAGGAUUCUGUGUUGUCUCAUUCGCCAGGCUCAUUGAAUUCGGACGAAUCCUUACAGAUUACUGGAGAAGUAGUGCAGCAUGAGAAAAAACUUCUCAUAAUGGAUGCCCGCUCUUAUACAACAGCAGUAGCCAACAGAGCCAGAGGAGGCGGUUGUGAAUGUCCCGAAUAUUAUCCCAACUGCGAAAUACAAUUUAUGAAUUUGGCAAACAUACAUUCCAUUAGGAAGAGUUUUCAAGGACUCAGGCAGCUUUGUAUGUCUUCUGCUGAGCAACCAAACUGGUUUAGUCUUCUGGAAGGCACCCGUUGGCUGUUACACAUGUCAGGACUUAUAAAAGCAGCAGUUAUUUUAGCUACAGCUGUUGAAAGGGAUGCCCGACCAGUACUAGUGCAUUGUUCGGAUGGUUGGGAUAGGACACCACAAAUAGUAGCUCUCGCAGAGCUUCUACUGGAUCCAUACUAUAGGACCAUGGAUGGAUUUAGAGUGCUUGUUGAAAGGGAAUGGUUGGCUUACGGACACAAAUUCGCGGACAGGUGUGGGCAUUCUGGGGGAAGUGAGGAUGUGAAUGAAAGGUGUCCUGUGUUUUUACAGUGGCUUGACUGCGUCCAUCAACUAAUUAUCCAGUUCCCGGUCUCUUUCGAGUUUUCCCACAAUUACUUAAUCAAACUGGCACAGCACACCUACUCCAAUUUAUAUGGUACAUUUUUGUGCAACACCCAGAAGCAAAGAACCAAAAUCGUCCACGGACGAACGUUUUCCGUUUGGGAAUUUCUAAGCUCUGCAACUUUCAAAAAUCACUUGUACUCUCCCAGUGCCACUGCCGGAAGAGUAUUAUGGCCAAAAACUAAUGUAAGAGAUUUGAUAUUAUGGUCCGAAGUUUACUUGGGUUCAAUGGAAGCGAACUUUAAUCCCGAAGAUGGAUGCGGCGGGGCUUGUCCGGGACCUCCCGAAUUCAACGGACACUUGAACAUGUCCAAAACUCGAUCUUACGGUGAUUUAAUAAAUGCUGACAUUUGCCAUAGCUUUAGUAGAAGAAGCAGCGAUCCCAGUAUUAAUAGAGAAUUAAAACUUGUGCCUCAUGAGAACUCUACAACAGCGACAAUUGAUAGCAACAUGACAACAAAUGGGCAUCACAAUAAUGGUCCGGAUUUUCUUCCGAGCGAUUUGGAAGACAAUCCAUCUGAUUGCAAUCAAGACUGUUUAUUUAAUUUACACGAGAAUCUUAAAACAAAUUUAACUGAUGAUCAAAUUGAUGGUUUGGGUUCAAAUUUUGAAGAUCCAAUUGAAGUUCAAGAAGAUAAAUGUACAAAUAAUAUUGUUGAUUUAGAGGAUAAUGAAGGAGAUACUUUGACAAAUGGUGUGGCUGAUAUUUUUUUAGAUGGUGGUAAUGAGAAUGGCAUUAAAGAAAUUGAUAAUGAUUCAACGCGCAGUGAAAGAGGAUCAAAGGCUGAUGAUUUGGACGUCGAUGUUUUUUUGGCAUAUAAUAAUGGAUCGGUGGCGUCAAGUGGUAGUGAACACGGUGAUAAUACUAGUUGUAGUGCGAAGGACAAUAUUGAAAAUGAAUUAUGUGAGACACAAGCAAAAAUGGUGAUAAAUUUAGCUAAGUCAGUGGAAACGAGUACUGAAACUCUUGUGUCCGAUCAAAUUAUUGCUGGUUCUCCCAAAGAAUAUAAUGGUUUUGAAAAAAUACAAAGUCCGAUAGACGACAGAGAUGUCACUGACAGUUGUAAUGUUUGUACACAGCAAAAUGGUAAUACAAAUUUUAGUUCACUGUCCAACGGUUGGACAGGAGCUUAUGUACAUAGUCAUAGAUAUAGAAGCCGGGUUAAUAAUUGUCAGUUGGGAGAAGAUGGACUUGUACCUAUAAGGUCGCCGGAACAGGAGAGAUUAGAUCAGAUUGUUGAGGAAAAUAAACGUAAAAUCGAAUUGUUAGAAAAAGAGUUGCACGCAUCCAGACAAAUUUUAAUAAGACAAGCUUGCCACAGGUGUCAAAUUGGCGAUGGCGAAAAACAUGAUGAUAGUUUUAGUAGUUCGCGUUCGACUUCUUCAAGUGGCAGUUCUAGUUACUCAAAAAGAUAUAUAACAGGGGAAAAGGCUUCAGUGGUGGAAUCCUUAAACAGUGCGGGUGAAGGUCCAGCGUCCGCAGCAGGUGAAUCUCAUCGCUCAGACAUGUCCUGGGUAGACGUGGAAGAAGGCGUGGUCGCAGCCGAAUGUCAAGGUACAUUGUGGGUGCCCGAUCAUGCUGUGAGCCGUUGCACAGGUUGCGGUACCGAGUUUUGGUUGGGCAGGCGACGGCAUCAUUGUAGAAAAUGCGGUCGUAUAUUCUGCGCGGAUUGUUCCGAACACGCCACUCCUUUACCUUCCGAGCAGCUCUAUAAUCCUGUUCGGGUGUGCUCCGGGUGCUACUCGGAGUUGAGUAGAUGUUUCGAUCGUCCCACUCUACAAACUAUUUCGGAUAUGCCGCCUGACAGGUGCAAAAGAGCCGUAGCGACGCAGGUGCCGCAAUGCAGUCAGCAUUUGCAUCAUAACCAAAUUGCCGCCUCUAGCAAUUAAUGUACUAGUUUGUUUUUUUUGUGAUUUUUUCCAAAAAAAGAAAAAAGUUAGGCUAUUUUAAGUAAAUUUUUUAAUUGUAAAAUUUUUGUAAAACUGGUUUUGUUUGAUUGUCGUAGCCUAAAUUUCGAUUUAUCUAGGCUAUGCCUUGUAGUUGUUUAAAACGGUAUAUUAUUUUAAGUUGUCUAAAUCAAUAUUUCAAAUAAAAGCAGCACAAGAAUACUCUUAAAACAAGUGCAGGUUGCGGCUUUGAUGACAAAAUAUGUUUAUUUGUAAAUACACUAAAAUAGAGUUCCUUCAGAGAUUAAAUCUAUGUAAAAAAAGAGAUGAUAUUUUAAUUUUUGCACUAAUGUCGCUGAUGUUAUUAGAAGUCUUUUGCUGUGCCUUUGUAAAAAUAAAUAUUCAACAUUGCAAAAGACUCCUUUUGAAGACAUAUAAAAGUUGUAUUGCAGGGCAUUAUUAAUAAUCCAUAAAAAUGCUUUUUAACAAAAUACGUAAGUCAAAUAAGUACCUUUAUACAUUGAUUUCCUUUAAAAUUUCAUUGUAAAAAUUUUGAAUGAAAUCACAGCCUACGCUGUUGUUUCCGUAAUAUGGAGAAUUAUUUCAUUAUACUUUUUUUUUUUAACAUCAACAUAGUGCAUUUAAAUUUUAGCAUAUACAUUAUACAUAUUACUUAUAGGAAUGAAUUAUAUUAAUUGUACUUUAUUAUUAUAUUAUUUUAGUUGCAAAUACAAAAAAAAAUAUUUAAU